AUCCUGUCAUUUGUCCUCCAUACUGUUGUGAGAGGCUUCAUCCACUCUGCAACUGGAGGUCUCUACGCUGCUGUGUACCCAUCAUCUCAGUUUGGCAGUCUGACGGGGAUGCAGUCUCUGGUGUCUGCUCUGUUUGCUCUGUUCCAGCAGCCACUCUUCAUGGCCAUGAUGGGCCCUCUGAAAGGAGACCCACUCUGGGUGAAUGUAGGCCUAUUGGGGGUCAGUAUGCUGGGCUUCCUGCUGCCUCUAUACCUGGUGUGUUUCAGACGCACACUGCACCGCCAGCUACAGGACAGAGACCAGGACUCGAAGAUAUACCUCAAGAUCAACGGGUCCAGCAAACCUGAAGCUUUCGUCUAGAAAAGGGAGAGAGUGAGGAAGGUGGGAGGAGAUGGGAGGGAGAAGAGGGGAGAAGAGUGUUGCUCUACGUUGAAUCUGCAGAGGACACACACAUACACACAGAUAUCUACACACGCCCACACACACACACACAUACACACAGAUAUCUACACACGCCCACACACACACUUUUGAAGAGACCCAUGUAAGAACUUCUCCUCUUGUCAUGAAAACAUACUACCUUGGACAGACACUAAGGACUGAAUAAGAGCAAGAACAAGAGAGAGGGGAGAGACUGUGAAAGGAAAGGGUCAUCAGCCCCCCCACUUCUUCUUCUCCUCUCCUCUCAUGUUCUCCUCUGUUCACCUCUCAUGUUCUCCUCUCAGUUCUCUUCUCAGUUCUCCUCUCUUCUCCCCCCCCUUCUCCCCUCUUCUCUUCACAUACAGUGCUCACUACCCCCCUCCCUCCCUUUCUAGCUCUGAAAUGACAUCCUAUGCCUGGAUGUCCCACCUAGCUAUCUUAAGAUGGAUGCACUACUGAGUUUGUAGAUGAUGCUCUGGGAGGAGUUCAGGGUUGGUAACCAUGGUGACAGACAGGAUGGGUGGUGUUCUACAGUUGAUAGCCAUGUUGAAGGACAGUGGGAGGUGUUCUACAGUGGGUAACCAUGGUGACAGACAGUUGGAAGUGUUUUAGGGUUGGUAACCAUGGUGACAGACAGGGUGGGAGGUGAUCUACAGUUGAUAACCAUGUUGAAGGACAGUGGGAGGUGUUCUAGGUUUAAGGACCAUGGUGACAGACAGGAUGGGAGGUGUUCUACAGUUGGUAACCAUGGUGACAGACAGGGUGGGGGGUGUUCUACAGUUGGUAACCAUGGUGACAGACAAUCGGGGUGUCUCUAGCGCCAGGCGACCCACCAUUACGCACACCUGUCACCAUCAUUGCGUUCAUUUGCGCAAUAUUGGACUCACCUGGACUCCAUUACUUUGCCCCUCUAUAUCUGUCUGCUCCUCAGUUUGUUCCCCGUGUCAGCAUUAUUGUUACUAUGU